GAAGAGGAUAUCAGGAGCGGAGUAAUUCACUCCACUCAGAGCGCAAGAACGCAUAGUGUCUGCAAGGGGACGCACACUAACCUGCGCCGGAUUAACACUACAUUUACACUUAUUUUACUUAAUUUUGUUUUGCUACAAUAUAUAUCUAUUUUCUUUUAACGAAUUAACUCCUCUUAAGGAUAUGUUGGUGGAAGUUUCAAAGAGCAUAUUCAUCCUUCUCUGCUGCAUGUUGCUGGAACCCGUGUUUUCAGUGCAGAAUCAGAUGUGUGACAUGAUGAAGGAAAUAGACAAGGAGAAGGACAUGUGUGAGGCUCUGAUUGAGAACAAAACAACAGGUUGCAGUGGGACAUGGGACAAGAUCACCUGCUGGCCCAGUGCCAAUGUUGGAGAGGUGGUCACCAUUCCCUGCCCCAAAUAUCUCUUCUACUUCUCCAGGGACGUCCAUACACGUAACCUGUCAAAGGCCUGCACUGAGGAUGGCUGGACCCCAAUCAGUAUAGACUCCUACAUAAUGGACUGUGGCUACAACCCCAACAGCACCAUAGAUGAUAACGAGGGAGAAUUCUUUGACGCCAUCAAAGUGGGUUACACCAUCGGUCACAGUGUGUCGCUCAUUUCUCUGACGAUCGCCAUCAUCAUACUGUGUCUCUUUCGGAAGCUGCACUGCACGAGGAACUACAUCCACAUGCAUCUGUUUAUGUCUUUCAUCCUGAAAGCCGUGGCUGUUUUCAUCAAGGACGUGGUUCUGUAUGAGGUCGGGGAGACAGACAAUUGCCAGUCAACUGUGGGCUGCAAGGCAGCGGUGGUCUUCUUCCAGUAUGGGAUCAUGGCGAGUUACUUCUGGCUGCUGGUGGAGGGCCUCUAUCUCCACACUCUGUUAGCUGUUUCCUUCUUCUCUGAGAGGAAGUACUUCUGGUGGUACAUCCUGAUUGGUUGGGGGGCUCCAACCAUCUUUAUCUCAGUGUGGGUGAUUACAAAGGCUUAUUCACAUGAUCCUGGAUGCUGGGAGAUAAUUGAUGAUAAACCAUGGUGGAUCAUCAAAACACCUAUUUUAGUCACCAUUCUUGGGAACUUUUUCCUCUUCAUCUGUAUAAUCCGGAUUUUGCGACAGAAGAUGAAUUGCCCCGACAUCGGAAGAAAGGAAUCCAAUCAGUACUCGAGACUGGCUAAAUCCACUCUGCUGCUGAUACCUCUCUUUGGCAUAAACUACAUUAUUUUUGCCUUCAUCCCUGACCACAUCCACCCACAAGUGAGGAUGGUGUUCGAUCUUAUUCUGGGGUCAUUUCAGGGUUUCGUUGUUGCUGUUUUGUACUGCUUUCUGAAUGGAGAGGUGCAGGCGGAGAUUAAGCGUAAGUGGCGCAGAUGGAUGCUGCAGAGGUUCCUGGGGGCUGACACAAAGUACCAGCAGCCCUCCAACGGCAACAACUUCAGCACCCAGAUCACCAUGUUGACCAAAUGCAGCCCCACAACACGCCGGGCAUCUGAGUGUCAGGAGCACCUCUCUGCCAUCUGAAACCCAUCUAAAAGUGAACUCACCUCUUUGUUUUUAUCAUUAUGUGCUGAAUGCGUGCACUGUUGCAGUGUAAUUGAUAUGCAGUGUUUUCUUGCUAGGGUGGAAAGGCAACUGAAACCACCUACAGAACACAUCACCUGUUUAGUAAAUAAGUUACAUUAACUUAACAAGAGGAAUUGAAAUGGCCAUUUUCACAGACUGUUCCAAUGGAGCUUUGAUCAGUGAGGAACUUCCAUUGUAUUGGAGGUUGACCACACUGACUGAUCUGACGUUCGUGUGUAUAACGGCCAGUGUCACACGGAUAUUAUAGGCAAACGGUUUAGUUCCUGCUACACUGUAAGACUUUGUUCAGAUCACAUGAUGAGUAAACAUGAACUGACAACUGAUUUGUUGAAAAUAAAAUUAACAAAGUAUUUUAUAAGUAACGCACUACAGAAAUCUGCAGGGAGGACAGAGAUCUUUGUGACCACUAUGUGAAUUAAAGUGAAAUGGAGCUCUUGGCCAGUGUUUUCCAUCAGAUGUUAAGCAAUAGAUGGAUAGAGCCAGAGAUGAGCUGUGUCCUAUAAGUAGCAAGAUGUUUAUUAAAAGGGUGUGUUACACAAGAGGACUCCAAGCACUUAACUUAAUGGCUCAUGUUGCUUAGGGAACUGAUGGUAACAACAUUAAUGACAUUGUCAGUCUGCCAUGAACAGUGGUCACUGAGGAGGAAUCUAUAGCAUAACCAACAUGCUGGACGUUCCUAUCCUGUCUACUAUCCUGUCUAUGACAGUUUUAUACGGGGCAUACACUCUGCUGAAUUACUGCCGGAUAACAUUCCAGAGGAGACACAAAAGCUCCCGCUUGUGAAAUUUAUCUGAGAUUACAGAGGCUUUUAGUUUUCCUGAGUGCGUACUCGGUUCAUUUUUACUAUUUCUGCAACUAAUGGACCAGAUGCAUUCCUUUAUUAGUCCAUAAUACACAACAUUGUGAAUAAACAUGUGGCAACAGUGAUUAACUUCCAUUAACUGGAUUGCAUGGACAAGUCAUGUCAUUGCAUUGAUUGUUAUUUUUUUAUUCUAUUCUAUUCUAUAUUUAGAUAUUAAAUGAAUAUGUUAUUGCAUCCUACUGUUUUUAGCCACUAGCGGCAUGGCUCUGUGCAUUGUCAGCACACCACUUUGGUCCAGUCUGAAGUAUCUCGACAACUGUAUGGAGAGAUUGCCAUGACAUUUUGUACAAAUAUUCAUGGGUGAAUCUUAAUGACUUUGAUGAUCCUCCUCCACUUUUUAUCUAGCUCCACCAGCAGGUCAAAGUUUCCAAUUAUAUCUAAUGAAAUAUGUCAUCAUCUACAAGAUGGAUUGGGACAAUAUGUUUUACAGACAUUCAUUAUUCCUUUUAGAUGAAUUGUAAUGACUUUGGUAAUCCCCUGACUGUACCGCUAGCACCAGUGUAAGGUUUAAAAUUGUGGUUUCAAGGGAAAUGUCUCAUCAACUUUUGAAUUAAUUGCUGUGAAAUGUGUUUCAGACAUUCAUGUUCCAAACCCAGAUGAACUGUAAUAAUUAUGGUUUUACUUUUCAUUUAGAGACAUCGUCAAGUAAAAAUGUCAAUUUGUCCGAUACUUUGAUUUGACUAAAUAACUACAAAACUAAUGACAUUCCCAUCAGCCUCAGCUGUACUUUGUAUUUAGUGCUAACUAACACAUGUUAGCAUGCUAACACCUUCUAAACAUCAUAUAAUCUUGAUGUAAUAGAGUUUAUCAAGCUAUAUGACACCAUGCAUGAUGGUUGUCACUCUCUCUCUCUCUCUCUCUCUCUCUCUCUCUCUCUCUCUCUCUCUCUCCCUCUUUGUGUGUGUGUGUUUAAUAAUGUUUUCAAACAUUUAUUUGAAGCCACCUCCUGCUAAAAAAAGACAUUUUCAGACGUUAAUAUGAACAGGCAGUGACAGUGUCACAUUUCAUUAAGGGGAAACAUGUUGGAGUUAGUUAGUUAGUUAGUUCCCCUUCUUGUUGUACCAGUGUGUGUAAACCUGAAACUGAAACUAACUGAAAGUACCUCAGGCUAAAUAUCACACACAGCUGUUGUAUAUAAUGUGAAACUGUAUAUAUACGGCUAAAGAACUGGCUUAUAAUGUGUUUUUCGUGGUGAUGAUUUAUAGUGCUCAGGUGUCAACUGGAAAUUGAUGUUUACAUUUAAAACUGUGCAUUCCUCACUCAUGCUGUUUGCAUGAUGUCAGUAAAGUGUCUCUUAUUUGUUGUAAAGUGUGUGUAAAUAUGUUAUCCUGUACAGUAUGUGGAAUCAUCUGUAAAGAUGUUAUUGAACAAAAUGUCAGACUGAAUAAAACCAUUUGCACUGUG